AUGAAGACGACCUUUCCGAACCCAGAUGACAUUCUCAAUUUCACUCUCACUAUCGAGCCGGAUGAAGGGAUGUACAAGGGCGGUAGUUUUGUGUUCAACUUCUCCAUCAACCAGAGCUUUCCGCACGAUCCGCCCAAGGUCAAGUGCACGCAGAAGAUCUACCACCCCAAUAUCGAUCUAGAAGGCAAUGUCUGCUUGAACAUUCUACGGGAGGAUUGGAAACCGGUGUUGAAUUUGAAUGCGGUGAUUGUCGGCAUGCAGUUCCUGUUCCUUGAACCUAACGCAUCCGACCCGCUCAACAAAGAAGCAGCUGAAGAUCUUCGAAAUAAUAGAGAAGGGUUCCGGAGGAACGCGAGGACUGCAAUGAGUGGUGGGACAGUUCGGGGCGUGAGCUACGACCGAGUCUUGCGAUGA